CUCCACUGCUAUCUAGUUUCAUGCUAAUCCCGUACAAACAUAAAUAGAAUACGUGGGUCGUGUGUGUUACUGUGAUUUUUGCAGGAUGGUUACUGAAUUCCUUCACAGGUGUGUUUGUGUGUGAGUCACUCGACACACACCCGUGCAGAACGGAAAGUAGGUGCAAUGACUGAAUUUCAGUAGCAAUAUGAUGGAGACGUGUGUGAGCUUUGUUCAUUGUAAAGUGUAUUUAAUGAGGAGACGUGGUUUGCAGUCAAGUGCACAAACUUUUUCCUUUACACUGAUUGAUGACGCAAAUAAGGGUACAUUUCAGUUCCUGUGUAAGUCAGUGCAAGAACCCUAAUGGCUUUAAUGGGAUUCCCUUCUACCAGUUGCAACUUUAGCCUGAAGUUGAAGUGAACAAUCUCUUUGUUUUUAUGAUGAGUUGUAUGAUGAGUUCUAACUUUCAUGUGCAAAGAGUGGAGACCAUAAAUCAAACAGUUGCUUAAUCUAGCGCGUGUCUGGUCUUGCCUCUCAGGAAUUAGCAGUCUUGGUUAAAACCAGAUAGGCGUGCACAGUCCCUCCCUCCGCACACUUGACCCAACCUGCUCGCCCAUGUUUUUUUGGCAGGUGAUUUGCGCCCCACCUCCACAGCUGCCCGAUGGCGCCCGCCAACAGCUCCACGGCACUCACUCCGAGGAAUGAGAGCAUUGUGGACAGCACGUCCGCGACCACCAUGGGCGCGCUCAUUCUUAGCCUUGUUUUCCUCUUGGGCUUCCCCGGCAACCUCUUUGUCAUCUGGAGCAUCCUGGCCCGCGCCCGUAAGCAGACCAUCACCACUGUCCUCAUCCUCAAUCUGGCCUUCGCAGAUGGCUCAUUGAUGGCGCUGACUCCGUUCUUCAUCGCCUAUCUGGUGAUGAAGAGGUGGGUUUUUGGGAGGGUGAUGUGCAAGGUGCUCUUCUACUUGUGCCUGGCCAACAUGUACGCCUCCAUCCACAUCAUUACCCUAAUGAGCCUAUACAGGCUGUUGGCUGUAUUGCGGCCGCAGCGUGUCGGCGCCUUGGCCGGGCACAGGACGGUAACAUGGACACUGGUGGUCAUGUGGGCGCUGGUGGCUGCUGCCUCUGUCCCUGCGCUUGUCUUCCGGGACGUGAGGUGGACCGCUGACCGCGCCAUUUGCGACUCCUUCCACGACGAGGACAGCCACACGGUCACCCAGUACAUGCUGGAGCUGAUCCUGGGCUUCCUGGUCCCGUACAGCAUUGUGGUGGUCAGCUACAUCUGCAUCCUGCGCCGCAUCCGAAAGACCAAAUUCCGCAGGCGCAUCCGCAGUGAGAAGCUCAUCCUGGCCAUUGUGGUGACCUUCUGCCUCUUCUGGCUGCCCUACCACAUUGUCAACAUGGUGCAGGUCACAUGGGCGCUAUGUCCGGAGGGACCGGUCAAAACGAUGCUGGGUAAAAUCUGGCACCGGGGCCGCGCUGUCACUUCCUCAGUGGCCUUCAUCAGCAGCUGCGCUAAUCCAGUGCUCUACUUCUUCGCUGGCAAGUCAUACAUCCGCCGAGAGGGUCUGGCCUUCAUGGCCCGCCUUUUCGAGGCGGCCGGUCUGGACUCGGCCACCAGGAAGAGCCGUCAGAACAGCCAGAACAGUCGGGACAAGGACAAAGAGUCGGACGGCAUUUUGUUGAAGGAAAAAGUUCAGGACUCCAACUCUUCCAAUGUCAAAGCGCAGAAACUGCAGACGUGACGCUGCUGAU